AUGUCGUCGGCUGUAGCAGAGCUGGAGAACUAUCUCCAAUCCAUGCUGGCUUUGAAGCCUCCCGGUGUCUCGGGCACCAAGAUUCAGGGCAUCACUGCACUGUGUACUGCCAAUGUCCAGAAUGAAUCUGUGCUGAUCCAAAAGAUCUACACGCAUUUCAAGAAGACCCCGGGCACCCACAAGCUGGGAGUCCUCUAUGUUGUAGACUCUGUAACCCGGCAAUGGGUAGAAGCAGCACGCAAAGCUGGCCAACCCUCUGGCAGUGAAGCCCCCGAUGGAACCUUUGCCGCGGGCGUCAAUCGAGUGACGGAGUUGCUGCCCGUGCUGAUGACCGACAUCAUAAACAACGCCCCCAAUGAUCAAAAGGAGAAAAUCAAGAAACUCAUCGACAUUUGGGAGCGUGGUGGCACCUUUCCCACACCCAUGCUAGCCUCAUUCCGAGACAAGCUGAAUGCCCCUCCACAGAAUGUGGAAUCCACUACGCCCGAGGGCUCUCCCGCCCCAGGGUUCAACCCACUCGGAGGCCCCCCUUCUCAGUUUCAGCUCCCUGCCAACGGAUCUGCAGCUGCCCCAGAUACCUCGAGUAUCCUGAAGGCUCUGGCUGAUAUGGCCAAGCAGAGCUCUGCGGCACCUGCUGCCCCGGCAGCUCCAGCUCCGGCUCCUGUCAACCCUCUGGCUGCCCUGGCUGGUGCAGUUCCCCCGCCGGUUUCCUCGGCCGACUCCUCCUUAGUUCCACCAGCUGCGAACCCUUUCGCCGCCGCUGGGAUGGGUGCCAAUCCUUAUGCUGCUUUGGCCGGUCUGGCCCAGAACCCAGCCAUGCCUGCUCAACCCCAGAGCCAGAACCACACUCCCAACCCCAUGGCUGCGGCUCCGAACCCACUGGCCGCCAUGAUGGGCCAGGCCAAUGCUGCUCCAACUAUGCCUGAUGGCAAUGCUCUAUCGCAACAGCUUCAGCUGCUGCAGUUCCUGUCGACCCAGGGUAUCCCUCAAGAUCAAUGGGCAACCGCACUCCAGCUCCUCAACAUGUCGAGCACCAUGGGCGGUGCCAACCCGGCUGCUUCGCUCCCUGGAUUCCCCAUGAUGCCUGGCCAGGCCCCUGCAGCUGCUGGCGGCUGGGGUCAACCCGAUACCCAGAACCGUGACGACCGUGACCGCGAUCGCGACCGUGACUAUCCUCGCUCCCCUGGAGGCUAUCGCCGCCGCUCUCGCUCUCCAGGCUGGGACCGCCGCCGCACGGCUUCCCCACCUCGCCGCCGCGACAGCCCCGUCUAUGGCGAAUACCACGGUGAUUCCCCUGGUCGCCGGGGUGAUCCUCGCGAUGCCCGUGGUGGCCGUCGGGGCCCCAGCGAAUAUCGCCAGCGCAGCCCACCCGGUGGUCGUCGCCGCCGCUCUCCUUCUCCCCAGCAGAAGGACCCGAACCUCCCUCCUCCCGGUCCCAAGCUCAUCGAGUGGGACUACUCCAUUGGCCAGGGUAAUAUCAAGGUGCUUAGCCGUACGUUGUUUGUGGGUGGCGUGACCUCCUCCGAGGCACACCUGCGCUCCCUCUUCGGUCGAUUCGGCAUGGUCCAGACCUGCAUUGUCAACGUUGACAAGCGCCACGCCUUCAUCAAGAUGAUCAGCCGUCCUGAUGCGGUCGCAGCUCGUGACGGCAUGGAGGCCUAUCGGCAAGCCGAGAUGCAGCUGCGCACCCGAUGGGGUGUUGGCUUCGGUCCCCGUGACUGCAGCGACUACCAAACCGGUAUCAGUGUGAUCCCCAUUGAGCGGCUGACUGAGGCUGAUCGCAAGUGGAUGCUGACCGCCGAGUACGGUGGUACUGGUGGACGACCCAUCGAGUCGGGCAUGGUGGUCGAAGAGCCCGACAUUGAGAUUGGUGCAGGCGUUUCCUCCAAGGCCAUCAGCCGACGCAUUGCAACCGACACUGGCGGCAAACGUGGACCUAUCUCCUCGCGUGGUGGCCAGGGUCCUGAUCAGCGCUUCGGUGGUGCUGGACGUGGCCGGUCCGACCGUGAUGGCUUCGGCGGUCCUCCCCAGGGCGCUCAGGGCCAGGAUCAGCACGAUAUGUCAGUUGCACCGAAUCCAGGCGUUCCUCCCGCUGUGCCAGCCUAUGGCUUCAACUUCCCCGGCAUGCCAGCUAUGCCCUUCCUCCCACCAGGUUAUAUGAUGGGCAAUGCGCAGCCACCCUCUACCCAGCCCCCACCUCCCGGACAGGGCAACUAA